AUGUCAUUAACGAAACUAUCACCGUCAAAAGUUAACGAAUUCAAUUUCGUCGUUGAUGCUUUUAUUUCAUACACCGCUUUAUCGAUAGUUUUUGGCUCACCUUCUUUAGAAGCAUAUGAAACAUUAAUGAAUGAAUUAUAUGUAUUCGUGAAUGAGUUAAAAUCAAUGAUUUUCAUUAAUGACGCCUUUAAUGAUUCAUUUACUGUUGAAUCCCUUAAAGCAAUUAAUGAACUGUCAUUUAUGAAAGGUACACUGCAAACCGUCGAGUUUGGAUCAAAUGCUGUAGUUGGUGCAGGAAUAUUAAUGAUAUAA